AUGCAGCAUUUUAGCCACCCUCAUCAAUUACACGACGUAUCGACAACGGUGAGCCACAACAAAAACCUACCAUGUUUCGGUUGUAAGCUACCGUUAUCCGGCGGCACAUGCUACGGUUGCUCAGCCUGCAAUUUCUACCUCCACAAAUUCUGCUUCGACCACCCGCAAUCCGCCUACUUCGUCGACUCGCACCCGAAGCACACAGUAGGCCUUCUCUACCCGCCGUACUGCCAAGGCGCUGUGUGCGAUGCAUGCAGCGAGCCAUGCAACGGAUUCACGUACAACUGCACGCUUUGCGAAUUCAACGUCCAUGCAAACUGUGCUGCUUUUCUCCAUGCCGAUCCGAAUAACGACCGCGAUCGGUAUGCGUCGACGUUUUUCAAGCAAAAAUUGUCGGAGAUAAAGGCGCUGAAGAGCCAGCUGGAUUCGUUCGUGAAGCAGAAGCAGGAGAGUGAGGAAGAAGAAGCUUAUGCUCUACAGAUUCUGAGGGAAGAGGAGUUGCAUCGGAGAAGGCAGAAUAUGUAUACGCUGCAGAUGAUGAAUUCGGCGGCUUCGAUGAAUGCCAUGGGAAGGAUCGGGUGA